CAACAAGCAAGCAAGGCCAAGUUCACAGACACCAACACACACCAACACAACAGGCAGGAUGGCGGAGGUGUCAGAGGAGCAGAAGGUGGCCAUGGUAGCUGAGUUGGGCAAGGUGACGGGCUGUGCAGACGAAUUCUUCCUGAGGUCUGUCCUGGAGAGCAGCAAUUUCGAUUUUCAGGCUUGCAUGAACAUGCUGCUGGAGAAUCAACAGGCUGCACAGGCGAUGGAGGUCGAUGUGGAGGUGCACUUUGAAGAACACAAAUACACGUACAGGCUCAAAACAACAGACACAUUCGGCAUGCUGAAAGACAAGGUGAUGGGCGACACGAACAUUGUGCCUGGGGAGCAAAUGCUGAUUUUGGCGAGCACGCAGGAGGAACCGCCCAAUGGCACGGCCCUGGGCGAAAUGGCGCAGCCUGGCCAACCGAUUGUUGCCCAUCUGCUCACGCCAAACUCUGCAGCGUAGCAUGAGCUGCUUCUCCUCAAUCCCCCCAAUAGCUUCCACCCUUUCUUACUUUCUUGCCUGUCUAAUUUAACAUAACGUCACAGCCAUGUGCCCUCCUCACCGCCACAGCCGCUGCCUCUCUGGCUGACCUUCUUCACUUCUGUUAUUUUUCCUGCUUUGCUACACUCACUCACUCGCUCACUCACUCGCUCACUCAUUCACAUUACACUCGCUCACUCAUUCACUCACUCACUCACUCACUCACUCACUCACUCACUCACACGCAUACAACGCGAGACUAUUCUGUUACAUUGCCACGGCACUUUGCCAGUGCAAGAUUCAACUGUUGUCUACUAACGCUAAAUGGGGUGCGCUCGGUUGGAGGUCCACACACAUGUGUGCGAUCACCACAACCCCACCAUGAUCAAUAUACGCUCAAAACGGCA